UAAAGAACAAAAAUAUGGAGUCAAUUAAUAAACAUAUAGAACAGUUAAUACAAUUAGAUCAAGAGGCAUUAAUUGAAAAUGCAACACUAGACACAGUUGUUAAAUGCAUCUCUUUGCCUCUUGAAUGGCUUGGUCUGAAUGGCUUGUCAACUUCUUUAUCCAUCGAACAACGAUUAGCAUUAACACAACAUACAGCAUGGAAACGACACGUAUGGAAUCUAUUCAAGGAAAUACUUCCUCGUUGGACAUUUGCAUUUAAUUCGACUACAGCAUAUAGAUCGUUGCUUGAUGCUACAUUAUUUUUUCAAACAAAUGAUGACAAGAUCAACGUGCAGAUGGCACAAGUUGCCUUACCCAUCUUGAUCGAAUGUAUUUCCUCUCAAUCUGAAGCUUCUUUAGAAACCCUAGAAUUAUAUUCAACUGCAUUAAAAUUACUUACUUUAUCUUCAACUUUGCUUUCACUAUAUGCAUGUCAUAUUUCACAUAAUGAUGUUCGAUUCUUUUGUUCCAUGAUAUGUUCCAUUCCCGGGCAUUUGGUUAAUGUAUUUGGAAUCCAACUAGAACAUAUAAAAUUUAAAGCUGAACAUGAAUGGUAUAUUGACAGAAAUUUUUAUGCAAAAUUAAGUCAUAAAGCUGCAAAAAACUUUUCACAAAAUUCGGUAUAUUUUACACAAGAACUUUUAGGUAAAAUAAUAAGGCAAGGAUAUGAAGAUAUAGUUAUGAAAUCAAUUUAUUCAGUAGCAAGGUCUUCACCUGAAUAUUGGCCUAUCCUGUUUGAACAAAUUGAAAUAAUUUCAUCAUUUGAGAAAAUAACUAAAUCUAUAUUACAAUACGUUAAACAGGAUGUUUUACCAAAGUCAAAUAUUCAAUCAGUAUCCAAAGAUCUGGCUGCUAUUUUAUUUGGAAAGCCUAUGAAGGAUGAACGAAGAAAACAACGUAUAAAUCACUUUUUGAAUACAUCUUUAUUACGGAUGGCCAAGUUAAGUUGGGCUGAUGAGAUCUUGGCUAGACUCGUUAUCUCUACUGUCAUUUAUGCAGAAGGUGUUUAUGCUGGACAGAUAUCUUCCUCUGCUCAUGAAAUAAUUAUAAGUUUUAUAAAACGUCUUAUUCAAACUUGGUCAGAUACCGUAUUUAUUAGACAUGCAAGUUUUAAAGAACGUUUAUAUAUUACUAAAGUUAUUUUAGUAUUGAUUGCUUAUCUCUCAGACGAUACCAUUCGUACUGAAAUAAUGGGGAAAACUUCAAUACUCUAUAGCGUAUCAGAUUACUUUGAUAGUGGAGAUAUUUCCAUUGCUCAAUUAGGAGCUGUUGUAGCAGAAGCUAUUUCUAGUAGAAUAGAUAAAGAUAAACCAUUAGAUACUGGUUUAUUAACUACAUCAGAUGAACUCCUUGAAUUAAAAAAGCUUGUUAAUAUGACAGAUGCGUUGGAUCAAGAAGAAGAGCUUAUAAUAACUUCUUCUUCAGAGAUAGAAUCAGAAAAUGAAAAUGGUACAGAUGAAGAAGAAUUGGAUCCUGAUGCUAUUUAUGUAGUAGAGGAUGAAGAUGAAGAAGAAUCUGAAGAAGAUGAAUUUCAGGCUUAUUUUAUGGAAGAAGAAUCGGAUGAUGAAGGCUUAAGAAGAGAAGGUGAUUCAAAAAUUCAAAAUAAAAGACCAGUAUUUGUAAGAGAUUUGAUUCAAUGUCUUCAGGAUCAAAAUGAUCCUUUAAGAUUAGAAAUUGGCUUAAAGGCAGCAGAACAGGUUAUUCGUCAAAGAGCAGGAGCAGGGACAGAAUUAAGCGAAUCUUCUGUUAAGCUUGCAAGUUAUCUAAUUGGAUUUCCAGAAACUUAUGAAAUACAAGACUUUCGAAAAUUACAACAGAAUGCAUUAACUGCUCUAAUCGCUUCAGUUCCGACAACUGUAACUGGGUUUGUUAUUGAUCAAAUAUAUGACCGAAACACGUCAGCUGGGCAAAAACAAUUGAUAUUGGGGGCUAUAUCAAUGGCAGUUAGAGAAUUAGCCGGCUGGAUAGAUAAUGAAUCAAUCGAUGAAGCAACAAAUAGACUGGAAAACGCGACAAUCACAACUAAUGAUCAAGUCGGUAAACCAUUAUUUAUUUCUAGAAAAAUGGAGAUCGAAAAACAGCAUAAACAGAAUAUUCGAAAAAAUAAGCUAUCUGGAUUAGCUGGUCCAGUUUUCUUCUUCCCAUUGCUAGUGGGUUGGUGGGAAGGAACACAAGGCCUCAUAAAGCAUUGGAUUGGGAGUAAUCCUAUUUUGGCAGAAAGGUUUAUAAUGACCUUGAAUAUUAUAUUACAUAGUUCAACAAAUACGUCUGAUAAACGAAAGAUAGUUCGAGAAUAUUUUGAAUUUGCAUUAUCAAUGAGAUGUAUAACACUUAAUAAUACUUAUGUAAUAAGGAAGGCGAUAUUACUUGGUAUUGAUAUAAUUAUAAGUACCAGUUAUAAAGGACAAGAGCAAUUACUAUUUCAUGAUUUUUUAAAGGAGCUUGUGGAAACAAAACAGUGGUUACAAGAAAUUAUGGAAAAUCAAGUAGAACAAAAAAUACAAGAAUUAGCAAUAAGCAUAUUAGUUAAGCUAUCUCAAAUUACGUUGGCAGGAAAUUAAUGUUAAUAGAGUUAUAUACCCUACAUUUGUAUUACACUUCCUGGCUAAUCUUUAAAUAUCCUUUUUUAAGGUUUAAUACUCAGUCAAAAUCCCUUUUUUUUUU